AUGUCAGAGCCAUAUAUGAGCGAGUGCAACCAUUGCCGACCAUUGCACACCGUACUUCGCAAAGAACAACAGUCAAUCAAGCAUCUCGAUGCGCAGGAAUGCCAUGUUACCUUCCCAUCGAGGUAGCCGAGAACAUUAUCGACUUCCACAAGUUCGACCCUCCGACGCUCCUGGUUUGUGCUCUCGUUUGCCGCAAAUGGGCUCCCCGAAGCCGGUACCAUCUGCAACAAAAAUCCACGCUGACGAUCCGCAGUGCCGCAGAGCUCAAACUGAUCGGGCAGCUCCUGACUUUCAGGCGUUCGCGCGGCCUCUUCGCCAAAGUACGACUGUUGCGUAUCGUCGACGACCCUUCCGGCACCUUCGUCCACAGACUAUCGACAUGUCUGCCCGGACAGUUCCUCCCCGAGGUUGCGACAGUGAUCCUGGAAGGUGUCGAUGGCGCGACGUUCCGCCCGCACGGGGACUUCUUCAUCUGGCUGUCGCAGUUGUCGUUUGUGACAGCCCUCUGCCUUCACCGCUGCAUUCUCCGCCCCGUCGCCCAUGCCCUUCGGAUCGCACGCAAUCUUCCGAAGCUGCGGCGCUUACUUGGGAAACACCGCAACCUCGACGCAGUCGGCGAGUCUGUCGUGCCCUUAGACAACGUGCUCGUCGGCACGGAGUCGGACCCCAAGCUCCACGAGGAAGCGCAUCAGGACAUGCACCACUCGAGUCUGGAGACAGUGUUACUAGUACAGUCAUACAGGAAGUCCCAUAUUCGGCGCGCAAAUACACUGUCGACACCGUCUCUGCCUGGCAGAGUUGCGACUCCGAGACGCGCUCUCAGUGAAGGUGGUGGGAUGCCGAGCCCGAGUAGGCGGGAUGAACGUCUGACAGAGCGCAUGUACUGGUGCGAGGACCCCGAAAAUCACAUCCAAUACUACAGCCAUCUCUCCCACCAGAUGAUGGAGAUCGACAGAGCCAGACACAAGUCAACGGCAACGUACGCAUUCCGGUUGCGCAGGGACGCACUGUACAUCACGCUAUCACGCAAGCAGAGUCACAUCUUGAAGGCCUGUAUAUGGACCAGGGAAAGCGACACUUGCGGAAGGAUAACACAGGAGGGCGGAUGCCAUCGUUCAGCGGAGUGAACGAGACCUGUUCAAUGGGAGUCCCCCGUUGCUACUGCGGAUGUACACAGACCGACGUAAGUUUGAUGCGUUCGGAUUUAUUAACGGCGACACCCGCUGCUCUUCAAAUUGCCCACUGCUGUCAUAUAUCGCCUCAACACUACG